AUGGGUAACAACAGAUUUUUAUUCACUUCAGAGUCAGUUGGUGAGGGUCAUCCGGAUAAGAUCUGUGACCAAGUCUCUGAUGCCAUCUUAGAUGCCUGUUUGGAGCAGGACCCUUUGUCUAAAGUUGCUUGUGAGACUGCUGCCAAGACUGGUAUGAUCAUGGUCUUCGGUGAGAUUACUACAAAGGCUCACCUAGAUUACCAACAAAUUGUUAGAGACACUAUCAAGAAGAUUGGUUACGACGAUGAUGAAAAGGGAUUUGACUACAAGACCUGUAAUGUGUUGGUUGCCAUUGAACAACAAUCUCCAGAUAUCGCUCAAGGUCUUCACUUUGACAAAGCCAUUGAAGAAUUGGGUGCUGGUGACCAGGGUAUUAUGUUUGGUUAUGCUACUGACGAAACCCCAGAAGGCUUGCCAUUGACCAUUCUCUUGGCACAUAAAUUGAAUAUGGCUAUGGCUGAUGCCAGACGUGAUGGUUCUCUAGAAUGGAUCAGACCAGAUACCAAGACUCAAGUCACUGUUGAAUACGAAGAGAAAGAUGGUAGAUGGAUUCCACUAAGAAUCGAUACCAUUGUUAUCUCUGCUCAGCAUGCCGAAUACAUCUCUACUGAGGAUCUAAGAAGCCAACUAAAGACUGAGAUCAUUGACAAAGUCAUUCCUUCCGAUAUGCUUGAUGAGAACACUAAAUAUUACAUUCAACCAUCUGGAAGAUUUGUCAUCGGUGGUCCACAAGGUGACGCUGGCCUAACUGGUAGAAAGAUCAUUGUCGAUGCCUAUGGUGGUGCAGCUGCUGUUGGUGGUGGUGCAUUCUCUGGUAAAGAUUACUCAAAGGUGGACCGUUCUGCUGCUUAUGCCGCCAGAUGGGUGGCUAAGUCCCUUUUAGCUGCUGGCCUAUGUAAGAGAGUUCAAGUGCAAUUCUCAUAUGCCAUUGGUAUUGCUGAACCUUUGUCCAUCAGUGUUGACACUUACGGUACUUCCAGUAAGACUGAUGAAGAAAUUAUUGAAAUUAUUAAGAAAAACUUCGAUUUGAGACCAGGUGUCCUUGUUAGAGAAUUGAACUUGGCUAGACCAAUCUAUUUGCCAACUGCUACUUAUGGCCACUUCACCAACCAAGAAUAUCCUUGGGAAAAACCAAAGAAGCUUCAAUUUUAA